CGUACAUCACAUAAUGGGGGUUUCGUUAAGGCAAUAGGGUGGCGCCCGAUUGUCCACAUUGCCGAUUGGCCAAUUUAAAAUAAAAUUAUUUGAUUGGUUGAUCCAGCGGAAAAUCUCCAGGCAUCGGUCGCUGUGUUCAAUUGCAACGGGGCGAUCAAGGACGUUUCCGUGCACAUACGGGUGUGGUCCAAUCGGACACAUUGCCGAUUGGUCGAGUAAAUAAAAAAAUUUUUGAUAGGUAGCUCACUAGAAAAUUCUUAGGGCAUCGGCUGAUAUGAGUGGUGUGUCCGAUUGAAAAUGGGCACGCAUCUGGAUCGCUUCAUAGCACAUACUGCUCUAUCUCUUCCAUUAUCUCUCGGCAUGCCUCGUCUAUUCAUACCAUAUCUAUGCUUCAAGUUUUUCUCUUGUUUAUAGUGUUAUGGUUUUAUAAUGUAUGAUUGUUAUUCACUAUAUUACUAUGAACGCGAUUACUUUAAUUGCAAUGCUGUUGUUUGUUGAAUUAUGCUGCAGCACUCUGUCACCACCAAUAAAAAAAGUAAGAAAGAGAAAGAAAAAUCUAAUAAUAAAGUGUACAAAGGUCCUGUGGAUCAAGAUGUUUUUCAAAAAAACUUGGUAGUGGAAAAUCCUAAACAGCAAGACAUUCUAUAUGAAUCUGGUCAAUAUUUUCAAAAUACAAAGUAUAGAAGAUUUAAAGGAGAGGUUCUGGGAUAUUGUACACCUUGGAAUGGAAAUGGUUUUGAGAUUUCAAAAAUAUUUCAUGGUAAAUUUACAAUGUUAUCUCCGGUAUGGUUAACCAUUCCUUUUGGCAAUACGUCAACUUAUCAAUUUUCUAUUCAUUCUGUCCAAACUAAAUGGAUAAAAGAAAUAAAAGCCAAUAAUAAUAUUAAUCAUAGCGUAAAACUUAUACCUCGCAUAUUAUUUGAACACUGGUCAAUUGAUGACAUCAUUAAGCUAUAUAGUAAUACAGAAAGCCAAACUAAAUUAAUAGUGUCUCUUUUGGAUGUUGCUCAGGUAUAUCACAUAAUUUAAAGGAUUUGUUUUUACAAAAUAUAUUGAAUUUAAGCGGAUUUCGUGAACAAUUAAAGAUAAAUAUU